CGUGUCUCCACUACAGGCCAGGGCAGACUGCGGGACAUGAGCCAAUACGGUGUGAAGAUCCAUGAGGAGAGAAGGGGGGCGAGUGAAGUGACCACGUUUAGAGAGAAAUGGCGAGCUUGAAGUAAAGCCUUAAGGAGAAGGCAGUAACAUAUUAAAUAUAACAUCGAUUUAUAUUUGCAUUGGACGGUUCCAUUUGCAUCGACCGGUUGCCGACUGGCCUCCACUCCGAUGUAUCCCCGCUCCUCCUCUCCCGGAGGAGCUCUUCCUGGGCACGUAAUGACGUCGUGCGUAAGGGCUGAUCGGUCAGACGCGCCGUGGCGUCACGUGGUGUCGCACGUCCAAUGACGUGCGCCGUUGACGGGCGGCCAUUGCUGGGGAAGAGGGUAUCAUGAGAUGUAAAGUUUGAAGUGCUUCUACCUACUAAUUUUGCAAUGACAAUGACAGCCCGGCUCAUACCCAGGUGUUUCCGACACCUUGGUGCUUCGUUUCUCACUGUGCCAGUCUCUGCUACCUGCAGGCGAAUCAUGCCUGAACAGUACUGGUCGUCUGUACCGUUUGCUGGUGUACACAUGUCUGCUGUUUGUCACCAAACCGACUUGUCUCCUGCUGCUGAACAACCCUACUUCCGACCACCAGAGCGUACAAAGGUGGAGGAGCUGAUUGAGUCAGCCCAGAGUGUAGAGGAGCUUCUGCAGAUUCCCUGUGGCCAGAAGACCACUGGGAACCAAGCGGCAUCGGUGCUUAUCCGUGUGUGCAGCCCGAAGCUAGGUCAGAAGCUGGACUCUCAGAAUAUCACAGAGGACGAGCGCUUCCAGCGUCUUUUGAACACCAUUGAUAGCCAGAUUUCUGUUGUGUGGAAUGGGAACUUGAUCAGCUUGCUACGGAGCCUCCUUAUGAUCAGGCUUGAUGCCAAAAACCCAGUUCUUCGGUCCAUUGAAAAUGAGGUCCACUGGCGGUUGAGACGGCUAUCCUUUAAAAAUCUCACAUCACUUGUUGACUACUACACCAGCUUUGCACAGUCAGACCAACAGAAAGUGUUGCUAAGUGACAUAAUAAAACAUGUGGAACUGCGGUGGGCAGAGAUCACAGACGCAAAGACUGUGGCCUUGUUAGUGAUGAAGGUUGGACAUCUGUCAAAUGCAUUGAUGGACAAACUGGAGGAUAAGAGCUUGGAACUGGCUGAAUAUUUCACUCCUGAUGACACAAGAAAAGUGAUGCUGGCCUUGGCAAUGCAAAAUCGGCGCUCUGUUCCCUUGCUACGUGCCCUCUCAUACCAUUUCAUGCAGAAGCACUUUGAUCUGAAGACUGGAGUACUGAUUGACAUGGCUUUUGCUUAUGGAAAGCUGAAUUUCCAGCAGACGCAGGUUUUCCAGCGGCUGGCCUCUGAGCUUCUCCCCAGGGUACCGGAGCUGAGCCCCCUUGACGUCAUGCGAUGCACAAAGUCAUUUGCUUACCUAAAGUGGCUCAAUCUACCUUUGUUUGAAGCUCUGGCACAGUAUGUACAUGAGCACUGUGACAAGAUGACUGAGGUGCAGCUCUGUAACAUUAUCAUGGCUUUUGCUCGUCUUAAUUAUCAACCAGCCACUGGAGAGGCCUUCUUUGCUAAGAUUCACAAUAAAUUUAACAGUGCCCUGUUGGAGAUGGAGCCAUUCCUGCUGGUUGAUUUGGUAUGGUCACUUUGUAUAUUGCAACAGGUUAACCCUUUUUACCUCCGUCAUGUACUUGAACCUCAUUUCUACCAAAGAAUCACAGAAGGGACUCAGCCACAGAAAGAGGAGAACUAUAAACUGAAGUUGGUACAUAUCAAUGCCACAGCUCAGCUUGAAUGUUCUGACUAUAGUGGUCCCUUUUUGCCAAGUCAGUGCCUGGAUACCUGGAUCUCAGGAGCCAGGAAGAAGCCAAGUCCACUAAGUGGUGCUGUAUGUGAAGCUUUGCAGUCUGCCCUCGGAGACCAGACCAAGUAUCGCUGUGGUGUUGACACAUUGUAUGGUUGGGUUAUUGAUGGAGAAGUUCUGAUGGAUUCUGAGAGUAAGCCUUUUGCCCUUCAGCAGUACACGGCCUUGCACCUACUUAAACCUGAGGGGACAAUGCCUCUUCCCCCUGGAGCCAAGAGAUUGGCACUUAUAGCUAGGGAAUAUCCAAAUUACAUGUCACGGAGCCGGGACCUGUUGGGGCGCUUCGCUAUGGCUCGUCGGCACUUGCAGGCUGCUGGAUUCUUGGUUGUGGAUGUUCCAUACUAUGAUUGGCUUGAAUUGAAGUCAGAGUGGCAGAAGGUUGCAUACUUAAAGGACAAAAUGAGCAAAGCCAUAGCUGAAGAAAUGGCACAGUGAAGCACAGAGAUCUGCCUCAUUCCACCAUUUACCUUGCUUGAAGCUGGGUGGUGAAGACAGAAGGUUCUCUCUGGAAUCCAUGUGAUAAAAAGAUCAGUGGAGUCAGUGAUUUUCAUUGUACAUACUAUAUUUUAAAUUAAAAGAGUGCAUUGGUUCCACAGUUUAUAUUUGGGAGAUGCAGAGAUUUUCUUUGCCAGGUUUACAUAGUCCUUUUAGCUUUUUGGAGCACCUAGCACACCCUCAUCGCCCAGCCCCCUACAAUUCUUCAUUUCACCUUUUUACCCCUUUGCAUGGAGGUAAAAUUCGUUUGUUUUAUCCAAGACUCUGUACACAAUGAGUAUUGGCGACCAACAAUGAAGAUUCAGAAGACCAAAUCUUUAGAAAUCAACUACAUCUUAAUGAUUGAAGUUUGAAUUUUCUUUCUAAUUCUGGAACAAUAAACAUUUUCCUUUGUUUAGAUAUGUAAGACCAGAAAUUCUGAGCUUUAUUUCCCUCCUUCCCUCUAUCCCUUCAAAUCUCUGCUCAGUCUACACACAAGUUGUGUACUGAGCUUCAGGUUAGGGAGGAAAAAACUAGUUGAAUUCUAUCUAAGAAUCUGAGCAUCAGAUGAGGGUAGGAUCGGAUUCCAUGACUAAGUAACUUUGGUUGAUUAGCUAUCUGAAAUGAGAACACGGGCUGUUGGUUGAAUUAAGAGUGGAUAACCAAUACUUGUGGGCUGUUACCCAAGGAGAAGCAGCUUGUUUAGUGAGGUGUAUAACAUAUUACUUUUGUCUUUUGUAGUGUCUUAACUGCCUGUAGCACAUAAACAGGAUCACUCCCUAACCUCCAUGCCUUCACUAUUUUGUCAGAUAAAUGAAUGGUAAAUAUAUAAAAUUUGAUUGAGGCACAAGAAACUACUUGGAUAGUUAACCAAAACCUUUGUUGGAGAGGAAGAUUUUAAGGAUUGUUUUGAAGGAUGAAAGAUGGUGGAGAGAUUUAGGCAGAGAAUUCCUGAGCUUCGGGCCUAGGCAACCGAAAGCACGGUCACAGCGAUGGAGUGAUUAAAUUCAGAAUAAUCAGAAACCAGAACUGGAAGAGAAUGGAUAUCUCAGGCAGUGGUAAGAAAUAACAGAGUUAAGGUGGGGGUGAGUCCACAGAGGAACUGAAGACAAGGAUAAGAAUUGUAAAAUCGUGGAAUUUCUUAACCCAGUUCCUUUGUGGGUUUUCUAGCACAGGACUGAUGAGUGAUUAGGGAACUGUGAAAAAGACAUGGAUUUGAAAGUCUUGAAUAACCUCAAGCUUAUGGAGUUUAGAAUGACACUCUGGAAUUCCCUUGUCUACAGGUUAGAAAGGUGUGGGUAAGGGUUUACAAUACAUGAGUUGAGGCAGGUACAGGGUUAGUUGAUGUUAGAACCAUAGAAUUGUACAGCAUAGAAACAGGCCAUUCAGCCCAACUCAUCUAUGCCAACCAGUGGGCACCCUUCUGUUUUAAUCCUAUAGUCCAGCAUGUGGUCCAUAGCCCUCCAUGCCUAAGUGAUUCAAGUGCUCAUCUAGACAUUUCUUAAAUCCUGUCAGCAACCCAGCUUCAACCACUCUCUCAGGCAGUGCAUUUCAGGUACUUACCACACUCUGGGUGAAAACUGUGUUAUGGAGGUGAGAUCAUGGUGACGUUACAAAGAUGGUCUGAAGUUUAUUUCAGGGUCAAAUGUCAAGGUCACAUACUAUAUGAUUAAGGCAUUAACAGAGAAUCAGUGACUAGGAAACUGAAUUUGUGGUAAUGACUGAAGAAAAUUAAAAGUGUGGCUCAAUGAGAAGUAAUGGAGGGAGAGGUUUUGCUUUAUGGGACAUUGGCACCAGUACUGGGGUAAUAGCGAUCAGUUGGGUCAGACUCCUCUUAAACAGGUGUAGAACCAGUAAACUGGUGAAUUAGAUAGCUAGGACAGUAGACAAGGCUUUAAACUAAUAACAUGGGGGAGAGGGUUACCCCACCUCAUCUCCCUAACCCCACAAGUGAAAUGUCAAAUGGCUACAAUAGUUUUGUGUAGAAAUAAGCAGAGCAUGUCAGGAUGAGGCAGAAUGUAUGACAAAUGUAAUAGGACAAUGUAACUAGUGUGGCACCUAAGGAAAAUAAAAUCAAAAGUCAAACUUAAAAGGCACUGCAUCUGAAUGUGCAAAACACAGGUGGAAACUAAUAAGUUUGAUCAAAUAGCCAUUGCAACCCACAAUUCCAAAAUGACCAUGCUUGUGAAUUAAGUAUUCCAGGAACCAUAACUUUUAGAAAAGAUGGGCAAAAUGGAUGAUGGGCAGUAAAGUUAAAGGAACUUCGCUCAGAAAAUCAAGUAGUAGAAUCAGUUUGGGUGGAGCUAAUAAAAACAAGGGUUGGUAUUGUCUAUAACUCCCCAAACAGUUGUGGGUAUGUAGAGCAUAUGAUAAAUUAGGAAAUUAGAGUUAAAUGUAAUAAGGGUAAUAAUUGGAAUUGGUUUAUUAUUGUCAUUUAUAUCGAAGUAAUGAUGCAGCUCUACAAAACUGGUUAGGCCACACUUGGAGUACUGUGUCCAGUUCUGGUUGCCUCAUUAUAGGAAGGAUGUGGAAGUGUUGGAAAGGGUGCAGAGGAGAUUUACCAGGAUGCUGCCUGGUUUGGAGAGUAUGGAUUAUGAGGAAAGACUAAGGGAGCUAGGGCUUUACUCUUUGGAGAGAAGGAGGAUGAGGGGAGACAUGAUAGAGGUAUACAAAAUAUUAAGAGGAAUAGAUAGAGUAGACAGCCAGCGCCUCUUUCCCAGGGCACCAAUGCUCAAUACA